UAUGCAUAUGUAAUCACGAACGCAUCAGACAUACACUAUGUGAGGAAGGAUACAGUAAUUACGUCAAAAUGGACUAUUUUUAUAUAAAUAGUCUGUCUCUUUAAGUCGCGUAGACCAGGAGAAUUCAGGCUGAUAGGAGUGAAGCAUGAAGACUACGAAAGCCUUUAGAACAGCUUCAGUCCUGUUGUUUAUUGCAGUGUAUUUAGUUGAGGCCCAUGUCAAAACCUUGCAAGUGUUGACAAAGAAAUGCAAUGAUAGGACAUCGGAAGGUUGUCGACAGGAAGAAGAAACAGGUGUGCAGAACCCCCAAGUAUUGCCAUCAGGAUCAUACCAACCUGUACACCACCAACACAAACCACAGAUUGUACCACCAGGACCACCUCGACCAGAAGUAAUUGACCUAAACGAACCAGAGGUUGUGCCACAUGGACAUGACCACCAACAUAAACCGCAGAUUGUACCACCAGGACCACCUCGACCAGAAGUAAUUGACCAACACAAACCACAAAUUGUACCACCAGGUCCAUACCAACCUGAAAAUAAGCCUCAAGACAAACAACAUAUUUUACAACAAAGACCAUACCACGACAAACAACAAACCUCGCAAGAAACGCAGGACGAGCGUAAAUUAUCCUGAAUAACCUGCUUUAGAUGUGGCAAAUAACGAUUGUAAUAUCACAUUUAACAGUAGCAGUAUGUUCAAUUUUAUGGUAAAUAAAAUGGGCUAAGAUGUUCUUGCACAUUUAAAAGACUAAUUCAGUGAUGAACUGUUAACCUAGAAUAUAUUUUUUUAAUUCUUAAAUUUAUAACUGUAAAUUCAUUUGGGAGAAAAAAUAUGUUUUUUCCCCAGAAUCCUUCUUUAAAUUUUUAUAUACUCAUUUCAAACAAUGAAAAGUAUUGUAAAUAUUCAGUGAAUAAAAUAUUUACAGUUCUUUUUAUUAGUCUUCAGAUCAUUUUUCAAAAGUAUAAAAUCAUUUGUGAACGUCAUUGAAAAAAAUAAAAGCUUCAAAAACGUAUUUAAAACGACUUGCCAGAGUUGUGACAAUUAGACUCUUGCUUUUUUCCUCCAAAACGUGAAAAUAAACAACAAGCUCUACUACUUUUCAUUGACAGAAACUUAUCGCCAAAACCACAUCAUCUGAAAAACAGCCUGAAGACACACCAGCCAAACCAAUUGGUCAAACAAACCUGGACAAACGAAACUAAUGAUUUACUACCAGACAAUUCCAACCUGAAAAUAAACCUCAAUAUAAGCUAGACCAUAGUUUUAUCAUCAGAACCAUGCCAAUCUGGAAAUAUGACUCAAGACAAACUAGACCACAUUUUUACCAACAGAACCAUACCAACCUGGAAAUAUAACUCAAGACAAACUAGACCACAUUUUUACCACCAGAACCAUACCAAUCUGAAAAUAUAACUCAAGACAAACUUGACCAUAUUUUUACCAACAGAACCAUACCAACCUGGAAAUAUAACUCAAGACAAACUUGACCAUAUUUUUACCACCAGAACCAUACCAAUCUGAAAAUAUAACUCAAUAUUCGUGGGUAAACUCAAUAUUCAACCCAUUAAAUCGUAACGUACUGCGUCGAUAUACAACUACCUGUUUCGUGCGUGAACUUAUUGUGUUGAUAUAUUGAAUAACUGUUUCGUGAGUAAACUCGAUAUUCAACCCAUUAAUACCCGUGGAGUUUUAUCAAGUUCACAAUAAACUUACAAUAAUGCUAGGUAUUUAUAUUUUAGUUUUUGUGUUCCACAAAUAUAUUAAAUGAAAUUAGUUAGGUGUCGCAUACAUAAAGAUCGUGUUGUACCAAACCAGGCAUCACUUUUUAGAUUUUUGAAUGUUUCCUGCUGCUGAUAUUAAGUAAAGAAUUUCAGUUAGAUGUUUUGCUUUAUAAAACUGUAAACUUAGAUGUAAAAAAAGUUUAAGUGUGGAAUUAAAAAAAUUACUUUAA